AUUCUAUAUAUCUCGGUCAGUUUUUUACACAACUGAGAGUUUUUUUUUGUCACAGUUUUGUUCUUUUUUUCUAUAUUGUUGUUUGGAAAUAGAUAAAACAGUUCAGUGCAGUUUAAUGUGCGCAGGUUUUAUUGCUGUUCCAUUUUACAACAAAAACAAAAUAUUAUUUGAGUCACCUUUUUACAUACACACAAAAUCAAAGUUGUUUGUAAACAAAGAAACCAUUUUAGAAUGAUACAAAAAAUGUGAUAGAAAAUAAUGUCUGGUUCUACAUUGCUCCCUAGUUUGAGAUAUUUAUAGAGUUACCGCCUCCUAGUGAUUAUUUUUUUUAUGUGUUUGUAACAUUUCAAAAGAUUUGAAAAAAAUGAAUAUAAAAAGUGAGAAUUUAUGUAAAAAACUUUUGUUAAAUAAUAAACAAUAUUUAAUAAUUUUAAUAUGCUCGUGUAUGAUUUCGACAGCGAAUUCGAGUUCGUCAGCGUUAGCAUCAGAUCGAAUUUUUCAUAGACGACAACAUAAUAAUAAUGAUGUAGAGAAUUCUGGUGCAAGUUCGUUUUCAACAAUACCAGAAGAUACAUCACGUAUUAAACAUGUUGAUGGUUUCCAUUCAGCGUUUAUCAGUUAUUUCGAUGAGAGUUUAAAUACAUAUCGUAAUAAAAGUGAGGUUGGAACAUAUGGUGAAGGCCAUGUUGGUCCUGUAUGGGGUUAUGUUUAUCAUAUUGUAUCCAAGUAUGAUAAAAAUGAUCAUACCGGUUGUGAAUUACCGUUGUCAACAACACAAAGUGAAAUCAGUGAAUUACCACCGAAUAAACCAUGGAUUGCGUUAAUUAAACGUGGUAAAUGUAAUUUUGAGGAUAAAGUGAAUAAUGCACAUAAGAGUAAUGCUGCGGGUGUACUUGUUUACGAUGAUCGGGAUAAGGAUCAUUUAGAUCGAAUGAAAUUGUUAAAUACUGAACGAAAUAUAAGUGCAGUAUUUACCUAUAAAUGGAAAGGUGAAGAAAUUGCACGCUUAAUUGAUUCUGGAUCACGUGUUCGUCUAAAUAUCACUGUUGGUCCACCACAAACCUUGAAGCCAUUUCCUACAAUAAACAGAACAUCGGUACUAUUUGUAUCUAUAUCGUUUAUUGUACUAAUGAUAAUAUCAUUGACCUGGCUUGUGUUUUAUUACGUUCAACGAUUCCGUUAUAUUCAUGCUAAGGAUAAAUUAUCGAGACAACUUUGCAAUGCAGCCAAGAAAGCGCUUUCAAAAAUUCCUACCAAAAAUAUCAAACCAAAUGAUAAGGAAAUUGAAGGAGAUGGUGAAUGCUGUGCUGUUUGCAUUGAACCAUAUAAAAUAUCUGAUAUUAUACGUAUUCUACCAUGCAGGCAUGAAUUCCAUAAAUAUUGUAUAGAUCCAUGGUUAUUGGAACAUCGAACAUGUCCCAUGUGCAAAAUGGAUAUUCUUAAACAUUAUGGAUUUGUGUUUACAGGAAGUCAAGAAAGUAUUUUACAUGUUGACAUUGAAGAAGCAGUACCAGUUGAUAAUCAACAAAGUUUUGAAGGUCCAAGCAAUGAUAAUAUCAUGUCUCGAAUGCAAAGUGAACGACAUACUUUAUUACAGCAUUCAUCACGAGCCAAUUCACGAAACAGUGAACGCAGCAGUCGUGCUUCAACGCCAGACGAACUUACACCGAGCCUAGAAGAAGAAUCACAUGAACAGGACGUGAUCGCAUACACAGAUAAUAAUCGUCGCGAUAAACGAAUGUGUAUAAAUUGUAUGGUGGCAACAAUUGCUACCGAAAACGAAAUACAAAAUUUAAAAGAUGAAUAUCCAUCACAGUCUUCCAAUAAGAUUACAUCAUCCACAACAUCACCGUCUACGGUAGUAUCAACAACACAGUCUGAUAAUACUGCUGAAAAUGACGAUCAGGAUGAAGAUGAUGAUGUCCCUUCAUCGAGUACGACUAGUCCAAGUAAUUCUAAUCAAAACACAUCUCAAAAAUCAGUUGAUAUUAAAAAUUUAGAACUGGAAUAACAAAUUAUUUUAGAUAAGGUUUCCAUUUUAUUCUUAAAUAACUUAAAAUAUUAGCGUAAGAGGUCUAAAUGGAUUCAGCCCUUUCCAGAAUCAUAUCUGGAAAAUGACCCUUGUUACGCUAAUGCGCUGACAAACAGUUGUUAAUGGCAAAACAAUGGCGUUUUCUGUUUUGCGCGUCGGCGAGGAGUAUUUAACGCAAAAUUUAUUUACGUAUUACAAUGUGUUCGAAUAUUACAAGAAUUAUAUGACUUGUAAUAUCUUUUUUAAGUUACAUAAUAAGUACAGAAAACCAUGUUUUAUUGGUUUCAACGUUUACGAUUUCUGUUUUUCCGACAUUUUGUCUGAAACGCAAUGAUAGAAAACGCAAUUAUUUCCAAAGAAUGGUCUAAGCUGGGCUUUAAAAUUUGUAAUUGAAUAAAAUGUCAUUUUAAAUGAGAGAUGCAAAAACAAGGAUUGAUUGACGCAGUUGUAAAGAUAAAUUCCAGGGCUGUGUUUCACACACACACACAUUAGGGCGCGUUAAAUCGGCUAAAUAAGUCAGCAUUUGCUUAUAAGACGGUAGCCAACACGGCUUUUGGUUAACUAACCUAACUUGACUUUGACUUUUGACGCCUUAACUAAAAAAGGAAAUUACGACCCUAAAGUUUCAACCUGACACUUGACGCUGAAUUUGAGCGUUAAAUUAGAUUACGUGGUCUAUUUAGGCCAAGAAAAAACUUAGCAACGUCCCAUCGUAAAAAGUUAAACAUAGUUUAGCUUUUUAUUCUCAGAAAUAAACUUUUGACAGUACUGGCUAAAUAAAUUUAUUUAUAUUUAUUAAUGAAUAUAAAUUUACCAUUAUUAUACCAUGUGUUUUAUUAAAAAUGAGGUUAAGGAAUUACACUCAGUAUGUAUAUCUCGAAAUAUCGACUUUCGAUAUCAAUAAACUUUUUUGUCACUCAUUUUAACAAUUUGACGCUGACUCUGGACGUACCUCUAUUUUUUCAGCUAAGUGGAACCCUAAUUUGACGCUCAAAACCAGCGUAAACCGUUAUCAUGAGAACGAAAAAGUUCAGUUUAGAACCAUUUCUAAUUUUAUAAAUGAAAAGAAUUAAAACUGUGAUUUUUCAAUUUUAACACACAUUCAAAAACUCAAUUACGACGAUUAUUUAUAUAUUCGACUUAAACAUAGAGGUUAUAAAGAAAAAGAACGAUCGUUAUAGAAAAUAUUGUCCCCAAACUCUGGGCAAAAUAAAGUGAGGCGCUGGGAUCGCUAAGUUGUCUCAUUA